UUGUUUUUUUUCAGAGAUCCAUGCACACAACUUUAGUAAUGAAGCGCCUUCCUGGUACCGUAAUCAUUAACGUUCUGAAGGAGGGUUUUUACGAGAAGCCGCUCGCGGGAUCACAGACGAGUCGAGAGGAGCUGAGGGGAAGCACUGACCCUCCUGAGGUGAGUUCUACUCCGAAGCAGGACACGACAAUCACGCUGCCUCUGCAGAAAGACGUGUCGGGGAAUCAGCCGCACCAGGAUUAAGUGAAAUGCAAAAAAGGGGGAAGAUGGAGUACACAUGGCACACGCUUGUCUGGCUCCUGCCAGCUUUCACUUUCUCAACGCAAGGGUUGGUGAAACUAAGCACCAGUCCUGGAAUCACCGCAGAAUGCGGCGAGCGGGUGACCCUGAACUGCAACGCGUCGUCGUCACAAAAGGACCUGUCAAUCAAACACAUCGAGUGGUUCCAGAGCCACACGUCUGUCUGCUCCGUGAACGAGAAGGGGGAAGUCAGGAACCACGCACCCUCUCUCACGGACUUCUACUGCGAUUAUAAACACGGACGAUUGUCCCUCAUCAUUCAAAGAGUGAAGCCGCUGGACAGAGGGAACUACUCGUGCAAACUGCACUCCAACCAGGGAACUGGGAACAGCAACACGAGGGUGGAGCUACAAGAGUGCGGGAAGGCAAAAGGUUUUUGGACGAAGGACCGGCUCACCUGCGCCUUCACAAACGUCUACCCGGACGGAGAGGUCCACUGGUUCCACGGCCACCGCAACCUCUCAGACGGGUCCGUGAGGCACAACACGUCCAAGCAAGUGGAUGAAGGGGGUUGGCUGACCAUUCGAAGUGACCUCGAGCGGGAAAGUUCGCUCGUGGCCUACAACUGUUCCUUGAUGAGCGCCGCGUCCGGUCGAUACGUUGCGAGCACUUUGGUACCGAAUCCCGAGUCCCGUAGAGUCCCGGGUCAGGAACUUACACCCCAGAGCCACAGUGGAGUUGGAUCGAAUGGACCUAUGUGGACAUGUUUGUUUUCUGCAGUCUUUCUUGCUGCCACACUAAAUUAAUGGUUUUGCUAAAGUGCGUCCGCAUAAUGCAGUGUGUUAGGACGUCGGGGGAAGCGAUGGUUGAUUUGUAACAAUCAGGUACUGAGAUUUCUUUUUCCGUUAAGUCAACCUGCAUGGUCCAGAGGCUUAUUCCUCUUCCUUUUACCUCUUGAUUGAAGUGGACCGGUAAUUUACGGACCGCUGGGAGUCUAAUAGUCAUUGCGCCACAUGAACAUUGUUUUGUUUGGCAAUGAAACACACACACACACACACA